AUGGCGUCGACGAGUACUCAGACCACAGCUUCGACCUCCACUGCGUCCCGGUUGCACCUUAGAGGCGGAGCUGUCGGUCCUAGAUCAAAGAAGUAUGUCCGCCCAACAUUCUCGUCAAAAGAAGAAGAACGCAAAUAUCAAAAGGAACGAUUGGCUGCAGCGUUUCGAUUGUUUUCAAAAUUAGGCUUCGAUGAAGGUGUUGCAGGUCAUAUCACGAUACGAGAUGCUAUAAAUCCCAACGCUUUCUGGGUAAAUCCAUAUGGAGUCGCCUUUGACCUCUUGACGGUAUCUGACUUGCUUCUGAUUGAUCAUGAUGGCAACAUACUAGAAGGUACCGGCAGGUCUGGUGAUGGACAAAUAUACAAUGCGGCCGGAUUUGCGAUACAUGGAGCAAUUCACAAACUGAGACCGGACAUACACGCUGCUGCACACAGUCAUACCACUUUCGGACGUGCAUUCAGUGUCUUAGGUCGUAAUAUAGACAUUGCGUCACAUGAUGCCGCCCAAUUCACUGAUACUGUACGUUUGUAUGGUAAUUUCGGCGGUAUCGUACUUGACGAUGAGGAGGGAAGAAGAAUAUGUGAAGCCUUAGGACCUAAUGGGAAAGGUGUUAUCCUCCAAAAUCACGGUAUUCUAUCAGCUGCUCAAAGUGUUGAUGCAGCUGUGGCUUAUUUCGUUCGCCUGGAGCAAUUAUGCGAAUCCCAAUUGAUGUCAGAUGCCCUGGGACAUCCUACAAAUGUCAAUCAAGAGGAUAUAGCGGCCGUCUUUGCAACAUAUGGAGGGGAGGAUGAAGCUUAUUUCCAAGCUCAAGAGAUGUUUGAAUGGAUUGAUCAUGAAACAGGCGGUGAUUAUAAGCUAUAA